AUGAUCCUCCACGCUGAAACCCUUCUCUCGGCUGUGGGGAUCCUCACCAUUGCAGCAAAUGCACAAGCCCAUCAUCGGCGUCGAUGUGCCUAUGGUGACGACUGCUGGCCAGAUGCGCAAACUUGGAAUGACUUUAACACUACUGUUGGUGGACGAUUGAUUCGGUCCUUUCCAUCUGCUGCCGUGUGCCAUACCGAGGGGUAUAAUGUCAACCAAUGCAACAUAGCAAAGCAGAGUUGGCUAGAUAGCUUCUGGCGGACGAACCAAACAGGAGCCUAUUCCGCGACAGUAUGGGAGAUGGGAAACAACGGACAGUGCUUUAUCGAUACGCCCGUUAGCGCUCCAUGCGACCAAGGGAUAGUGCCGUACUACUCUGUCCGGGCGGAAAGUGUCGAAGAUAUCCAGAAGACGGUGAAAUUUGCUAGCGAGAAGGAUGUGUUUCUUGUGAUAAAGAACACAGGACAUGACCACCUCGGUCGAUCAAGCGGUAAAGGAGCCCUUUCAAUCUGGACUCACAAUCUCAAGGGCAUCAACUGGCACGACUCGUUUGUCCCACAGGGAGCACCUGCUGCUGUCAAUGGUGUACCUGCUGCAACGUUGCAAGCCGGAGAGCAAUGGUUUGACGUAUACCAAGCUGCAGCACGACAGGGAGUGCUAGUAGUCGGAGGAUCAGCGCGCACCGUCGGGGCGGCCGGAGGAUAUGUGCUUGGAGGAGGCCAUUCGCCAUUUGCACACUACUAUGGCCUCGCUGCCGAUAACCUCUUGGAGGUGAGCAUUGUUUCCGCCGAUGGACGACAUCGAGUGCUCAAUGCGUACUCGGAUCCCGAGUACUUCUGGGCCGUUCGCGGCGGCGGCGGAAGUGCCUGGGGGGUCGUUACGUCGGUGACUUAUAAGACGCAUCCUGUCCCACAGAACCUCACCAUUGGAUUCGUUCAAUUGAACGCAACCGACAACUCCAGCGCAACUCGUCUCAUUUCUGAAUCCCUGAAACUCAUUCCAGCUGUUACAGACGCAGGUUAUACCGGAUAUGGCUCGUUUGCGCAGGGCUUCCAAGCACUCUUCCUUCAGCCCAACGGCACCAUAGAAUCGUUUAACCAGAGUUUCGCUCCUUUCUCUGAAUUGACACAGCUUCCCGGUGUCACUGGAAGGGUUGCAGCCUAUUCCUCCGCCUGGGACGAAUAUUUGAAAACCUUUCUGCGAGACCCUAAUAUCGGGACCAACAUUCAGGACACGUCACGACUGUUGACAGCGGACAUAAUCCAGGAAAGGGCCGACGAUUUGGCGGAGUUCAUUGUCGACAGUGGUCAAGAGGCAGGAUUCAAUUUCAUUGGUAAAGUCAACAACAAGGAACGCGACAACACUGCCGUCCAUGAGAUCUGGAAACACAGCCACGCGCUUCUCAGCAUCUCAGUAAAUUGGCUGGAUAACGCAACAGCUGGCGAGAAGGAAGAGAAGCGACACCACAUGGUGCAGUUGAGCAGGCGCUUUACUGAGAUUGUUGGCCCAGAUGGAGGGACAUAUGUGAAUGAAGCCAGUCCGUAUGAACCCCGAUGGCAAAGAGUCUUCUGGGGGAAGAAGUAUGAGCGAUUGCUGUCUAUCAAGAAACGGGUGGAUCCAACCCAGUUGUUUGUGUGCAAUAGGUGUGUCGGGACAGACGUGGUGCUGCAGCCAUAG